CUGCUCGGAGCCACGGCCAUCGAGGACAAACUGCAGCAGGGGGUCCCCGAAACCAUCGCCAUCCUGACGCUGGCCAACAUCAAGAUCUGGGUGCUGACGGGGGACAAACAGGAAACGGCUGUGAACAUCGGCUACUCCUGCAAGAUGCUGACGGACGACAUGACAGAGGUGUUCGUGGUCACUGGCCACACGGUGCUGGAGGUGCGAGAGGAGCUCAGGAAAGCCCGGGAGAAGAUGAUGGAUGCGUCGUGCUCCAUGGGCAACGGCUUUUCCUAUCAGGAGAAACUCUCCUCCUCCAAGCUCACCUCCGUGCUGGAAGCCAUCGCGGGCGAAUACGCCCUGGUCAUCAACGGGCACAGCCUGAGCAACUGCAUCAAGACCUCCAAGUACAACAUCAUCACCUUCCUGCCUGUCAACCUCUUCGAGCAGUUCCAGGAAGUGGCCAACACCUAUUUCCUCUUCCUCCUCAUCCUGCAGGCUGACCUCCUCCUCCUCUCCAGCAGCGAGCCCCACGGGCUGUGCUACAUAGAGACCGCGGAGCUGGACGGAGAGACCAACAUGAAGGUGCGGCAGGCCAUCCCCGUCACCUCGGAGCUGGGUGACACCGGCAAACUGGCUCACUUUGACGGCGAGGUGAUCUGUGAACCCCCCAACAACAAGCUGGACAAGUUUGGUGGGACGCUGUACUGGAAGGAGAACAAGUACCCCCUGAGCAACCAGAACAUGCUGCUGCGGGGCUGCGUCCUGCGCAACACCGAGUGGUGCUUCGGCCUCGUCGUCUUCGCAGGGCCCGACACGAAGCUGAUGCAGAACAGCGGCCGGACCAAGUUCAAGCGGACGAGCAUCGACCGGCUGAUGAACACGCUGGUGCUCUGGAUCUUCGGGUUCCUGGUGUGCAUGGGGGUGAUCCUGGCCAUCGGCAACGCCAUCUGGGAGCACGAGGUGGGCGUCUGCUUCCAGAUCUACCUGCCCUGGGACGAGGGGGUGCACAGUGCCUUCUUCUCCGGCUUCCUCUCCUUCUGGUCCUACAUCAUCAUCCUCAACACUGUGGUGCCCAUCUCGCUCUACGUGAGCAUGGGUUCUGUCACCCUUAGCCCCGAGCUGCUCGGAGCCACGGCCAUCGAGGACAAACUGCAGCAGGGGGUCCCCGAAACCAUCGCCAUCCUGACGCUGGCCAACAUCAAGAUCUGGGUGCUGACGGGGGACAAACAGGAAACGGCUGUGAACAUCGGCUACUCCUGCAAGAUGCUGACGGACGACAUGACAGAGGUGUUCGUGGUCACUGGCCACACGGUGCUGGAGGUGCGAGAGGAGCUCAGGAAAGCCCGGGAGAAGAUGAUGGAUGCGUCGUGCUCCAUGGGCAACGGCUUCUCCUACCAGGAGAAACUCUCCUCCUCCAAGCUCACCUCCGUGCUGGAAGCCAUCGCGGGCGAAUACGCCCUGGUCAUCAACGGGCACAGCCUGGACGUCCCGGAGCAGCGGAGCAUGGAGUACCCCAAGCUCUACGAGCCCGGACAGCUGAACCUGCUCUUCAACAAGCGGGAGUUCUUCAUCUGCAUCGCCCAGGGCAUCUACACCUCUGUCCUCAU